UGAUUGGUCCCGUCGCAUGCAUGCUUCUGUGGCUUCUGGCCCUGCCAGUAACAGCAGCUAUACAUAUUACAUAGAGCAUCAAGUUCGACUCAAGUAGUCCGUCUCGCUCGCUACUUUAAGUAGGAGCUAUUUUCGCCGCCGCGCCGACCGACCGACCGCACUCAGCAACCCCUCCAGCACCAAUAUGUCGCACCACCUGUGAGCCCACCAACCCUUUGACCGCCGAAAUUUGCACGAAUCCGACAAAAAAAAAACCCCCGCAGCUCGAGCACCGCGGAGAAGAGCUGCUGACUUGGCUGCUUCUCUACGGCAAAGUAUACCUACAAGAGCACACACUGCUGUCUCUGGUGUCUCAACGAGCUACUGAUACACCGCACAUCAAGCCAUCAUCAUGAGCCAACCCAAGCAAGAACAACCUCAACAGCAGCAACAACAGCAGCAGCAGCCGCAACAACAGCAACAACCACAGGCUCCGCCACCCAAGCCCGGCUAUGGAAUCGUCAAGCAGGUCAACUCUGGAGACUCCAUCACCAUCAGGGGCCAGCCCAAAGGUGGCCCUCCACCAGAGAAGACUCUUAUUUUGUCCAACAUCAUUGCUCCAAAAUUGGGACGCAGAAAUGUCAAUGCCAACACUGAAACCAAGGAUGAACCAUAUGCCUGGGAGGCUAGAGAAUUUUUAAGAAAGUUACUGAUUGGCCAAGAAAUCUCCUUUGUGGAGGAGAAGUCUCCCAAUAACAACAGGACGUAUGCACGAGUGUGUCUUGGCAAAGAUCAAUCCGGCCCAAGCGUCGCUGAGCUUUUGGCUGCAGAGGGUCUCGUCACCGUGAAACGUGACACGCGCAUCCAAUCUCCCGAACUUACGAAGCUCCAGGAACUCGAGGAUGCCGCCAAAGCCGCAGGCAAGGGCAAGUUCAACCCGAACAGUCCCGCGUCCGAACACGUGCGUGAUGUCAAAUACACCGUUGAGGCAACCUGGAACCUCGUCGAAAAGUACGGCUACAAGCCCGUCAAGGCUGUGAUCGAGCACGUGAGGGAUGGCUCGACCGUCAAAGCCCUCCUUAUACCUGACUUCUACCACAUAACUCUAGCCAUUUCCGGCAUCCGUUGUCCCUCUUUCAAACAGGAUGGAUCUACCGAGCCUUUCGCUGAUCAAGCUCGAUUCUUCGUCGAGUCUCGUUUGCUACAGAGAGACGUUGAAGUUAUUCUUGAGUCUGCUAGCAACACCCAGCUUGUCGGCAGCAUCAUCCACCCGAAAGGUAACAUUGCCGAGGCUCUGUUGAAUGAAGGAUUCGCGCGAUGCGUGGACUGGUCGAUGAACCACGUGAAGAACGACAAGCACAAGCUCUACUUGGCCGAGAAGAAUGCCAAAGACAAGCGGCUGCAUCUUUGGAAGGAUUACGUGCCUAGUCGGCCCUCUGAGGAGCUCAGUGGUACCGUAAUGGAGAUCACGAGCGCCGACUCUAUGAUUGUUCGCAUGAACAAUGGCGAGAGUAAAAAGAUCUUUUUGAGCAGCAUUAGACCACCACCGCGUGAAAAGAGGGCCCCCGGUGAUGAGAAUAAGCCACCCACAAGAAGCAAGGACUUCCGUCCGCUUUAUGACAUUCCAUGGAUGUUCGAAGCUAGAGAAUUCCUGAGGAAAAAGCUCAUUGGGAAACAAGUCAAGGUCAUCGUUGACUAUACUCAGCCAGCCAGGGACAAUUUUCCUGAAAAGACCUGCUGCACGGUGUUAAUUGGCAAAGUUAACAUCGCCGAAGCAAUGGUAUCCAAAGGCUUCGCUACCGUCGUACGCUACCGUCAAAACGACGAUCAGCGCUCGUCUCACUACAACGACCUGCUUGUCGCCGAGUCCAAGGCCGAGAAGUCUCAGAAUGGAUUGCACGCUAAGAAAGACAUUCCGCUCCAGCGAAUCCGCGACGUCUCGACUGAUCCAACAGCUGCCAAGUCCCACCUGCAGGCGCUGAAGCGAGCCCGCGAAAUGAAGGCCGUAGUCGAGUUUGUAACGAGUGGCUCGCGCCUCAAGCUCUUCGUGCCCAAGGAGUACUGCCUGAUUACCUUCCUGCUCGCCGGAGUCAAGUGCCCACGUGCUGCUCGCAUCACUCCGGGCACCGGUGGUAUGGAGGCUGAGCCCUACGGCGAGGAGGCGCUUGCCUUCACCAGGAAGUUCUGCUUCCAAAAGGACGUCGACGUCCAAGUGGAGAACAUGGAGUCCAAGGGCAGUGGUUUUAUCGGCUGGCUCUUCAUCGACGGUGUCAAUCUGUCUGUUUCUCUCGUUGAGGAGGGUCUCGCUGAAGUAUCCAUGUUCGUCGAGCAGGGCGAAUACCUAAAGGCUCUUAAAGCAGCCGAGGACGUUGCCAAAGCCAAUAAAAUUGGUAUUUGGAAAGACCGCGUGAUAGUAGAGGUUGAGCCGGAGAAGGAGCGCAAGGAGGAGCGUGGCCCACCUAAGCGCAAGAUAGACUACAAAGAGGUUGUAGUUUCUGAGAUCACGAGUGACUUGCACAUUUACACUCAGAAGGUUGACCAGAAGGUAGCCCUCGAAGGUCUUUUGUCGCGUCUGCGUCAAGAGAUCGAGACGAAUCCGCCUUUGGCUGGGGCUUACACGCCCAAGAAAGGUGAUCUUGCUAUUGCCAAGUUUACCGAGGAUGACGAGUGGUAUCGCGUGAAAAUCGAAAGGGUGGCCGGGCCCAAUGUGUCCGUGUUCUACAUCGAUUAUGGCAACCGCGAGACUCUUAAUGUGACGAGAGUCGCCGCUCUACCAGCCGGAUUUGCCUCCGAGAAGCCGUAUGCCACCGAGAACUAUCUGGCUCUCGUCGCUCUACCCAAAGAUGAAGACGAUGCCAAGGAAGCUAUCAAAGCUCUGAGAGAAGACACCAUUACUGGAAAGCCUAUACUGCAAAACAUUGAGUUUAGGAAUGCUGGAGUGCCCGUCGUGACACUGGUUGAUCCAACUUCUAAGGAAGACAUCGUCAAGGCCCUCGUAGCUGAUGGAUAUUUGAUCUGUACCUCAGGCCGAGAUCGAAUUUUAAAGGACUUGCAUGAGGAGUACAGAAAAGCACAGAAAGAUGCAAGAGAUAACCAUCGCAACAUCUGGCAGUAUGGUGACAUCACUGAAGAUGAUGCUAAGGAAUUCGGCAUUGGCCGUUAAGUUGUCUAAAAACUUGUAAAACAAAACUUGGGGAGAAAGAAGGUGGACUGGUGGGACAAAUGAUAAGGUAUCAUUUUACCGGAGAAGCAUAAUAAACAGCAUAAUAAAUAUACGUACGUCAAAGACGGCUUAUAAUAGACUUUUUAUGAAAAACAGAUGGAAAAAAAAUCAUUGAGCAGCGUAUUCCAUCGGUUGUUGUGAAGCGCAUCUAUGCAAACUUAUAGAUCAGCGGAGAAUAAUUAAAUUGUAUAUAAUGAUUUGAAAGAAAACAGAAAUAUAAAAAAAUGAAUGAAUUAUUUAAUACGAGAGUAAAAGUAGCGAGGGAUUUUACAUUGUCCAUCUAUCGCUUGUCAAACUUAUAUUCUCCUAUCCUCAUGAGACCUAUUUCUCACAAUUGUACAAUGUAUUCUGUAUGUGCGGACGAUUCUUGUUAUUGCAAACAAAAGGCGUUUAACCUUCGUUAAAGUGGUACUUUUUACUGGUAAAAAAAAAAAAAAAAAAAAAAAGAAAACAAGAAAAAAAUCUAUUGAUUUGUACAAAUAUAUGUUUUUGAGAAUUUUGUUGACCAACGAUGCGAUUUUAUCUAUGUCUCACAGCGAAUGUAUUUUCGCCAGGUUUUUUGAGCAUCAACAAUAAAUGUUUCGAUUUUUACAGUUAA